AUGGAGGACCAGGGGGUGUGGGAGAUCAUGGAGCCGUCCGAGGAGUCGUCGGAGCAGAGUGCGGAGGCGACAGCGGCGACGAAGGCAAAAGACAGGAAGGCGCGGGCACAUCUGCUUCAGUGCUUGCCCGAUGACAUACUGAUGCAAGUCGCGGCGAAGAAGACCGGGAAGGAGGUCUGGGACUCGUUGAAGGCGAGGUUCGUCGGCGAGGAGCGUGUCAGGGAGGCAUGGCUACAAACACUGAAGAGCGAGUUCGACGCCAUGAAGAUGAAGGAGGAAGACACCAUCGAUCACUACGCAGGGUGGUUGACGGGCAUGUCAGUCCGGUACGGCAACCUCGAUGGAUCACUCGAUGAUGCAGCACUUGUGAAGAAGAUGUUCGACAUAGUGCCCGAGCGGUUCAUCAACGUGGUUGCGGGGAUCGAGCAGUUCUACGAUCUCAAGAAGCUGGCGUUUGAUGAGGCGGUUGGCCGGUUGAAAGCGUAUGAAGAGCGCACAAGGCGGGGAGCUAGUGGCGCAGCGAAGACAGACACUGGUCAGGUGCUGUUGACUCAAGCUGAGUGGGAAGCUCGGCAGAAGCGGAUGUCUGGUGAGGGAUCCGGGAGGAGCCGAUCACAAGAGAGAGGCGGCGGGAGUCGUGGUCGCGGGCGAGGCCGUGGUGGCAACAGUAGUGGCCGCGGUGGGCACAGUGAUGCAGCGAAGAAUGGCACUGGGAAGCGCGGCAAGAGCCACAUCAAGUGCUUCAAGUGUCACAAGACCGGGCACUAUGCAAAUAAGUGUCCAGGCGAGGAGAAGAACAAGGAAGAAGCUCAUCAUGCAAGAAUGGUGGAGUUUGAGCCCUCUGUAUUGAUGGCUGAGACGCUAGUGCCAGGGAAGCCUGAAAACACAUCUUCAGACAAGGAAUUGUCAAACGAUUGUCAGGGCAAGGUGUUUCUGAAUGAGGUGAAGGUGUUUCCAGAGCUGCACUACACCAAUGAUGGAGUGUCAUAUGGAGAUGUUUGGUACCUGGAUAAUGGAGCAAGCAACCACAUGACUGGAGAUCGAGCAAAGUUCAGAGACAUUGACUCUACUGUUUCUGGUAAGGUGACUUUUGGUGAUGGUUCAACGGUUGACAUUCAUGGUAGGGGUUCUAUUCUGUUCCAGGGUGUUUCUAGGGAUCAGUGGGUAUUGUAUGAUGUUUACUACAUACCUAAGCUUAAGAGUAAUCUAGUAAGCCUUGGUCAAUUAACUGAAAUUGGACAUAGAGUGCUUAUGGAUGAUGAUCUGAUAGAGUCUUUAAGAUUAUUAGCUGAAAAGGAGAUGGCAGGGGGGAUACCUCUGAUAGAACAUCCAGAUCAAGUUUGUCAAUCAUGUCUAGUUGCAAAACAGACUAGAUGUUCAUUCCCACAAACUUCUAGGUGGAGAGCAGAUGAACCACUUGAAUUGUUGCACAUUGAUCUCUGUGGGCCUAUUACCCCAGUGAAAGCAGGAGAGAAUGAAGUUUGGAAGUGGGAUACUGAACUUGGUGAAGGUUCAGAAUUUACUGUUGAAGAUGCUGUGGGAGAUACAGUACAGCAGUAUGGUGGUGGUGGUAUUGGUGGUGAUAACCAAGGUAGCCAACCACAAAAUGAUUCAGGGGGAGCAACUGAUGGAGUGCAGGGAUCUGGUGGUGUAGGAAAUUCAGUUCAACCAAGUGAGGAUGCACAGCCUGACAUUGUUACUGAUCAGGCAACAUAUUCAGAUGUUUCAGUUAACCAGCAUUCAGGUUCAGAACAAGAAAAUGAUGAUGAAAACAUGGACAUUGAUCAUGAUGAUGGGCCAGUGAGGUUCAGGAGCCUGAAUGAAGUGUAUGAGGAUUCUGUAGAAGUGGAUUUGGCUUCAGAUACAGAAGUUGAAAUUAAUGCUAUAUUAGCUACUAUGGAAGAACCUACAUGUUAUCAGGAAGCAGCUGGUAUAAGUAGCAGAGAGUUCAGAGAGCGUGAUAACGCAUUGUAUCAGUUGUAA